GCCAGUGGGACGACCAGAAUACGACGAACGGCUUGGCCGAAUCUGACAUAGCGGCUCCCAACCCGGAUUGAGAGGCACGCGCACCGCCCGCUUUUCCAGGAUCGAUUUCUGAACCAACCUGUGAUACCCAUUGCAACGCGAUUGAUCCGAUAAAACACCAUAGAUGCCGUCCGGUCGGACACAAUGCCCUGGCAACCGCUGCCUCGCAUCGCCUUCGCCGUAGCGACAUAUCCUUUCGCCGCCUCGAGCCCGGCCGACCUCCCCCUCGAGCUCGGCGAUGAGCUGUACAUCAUCGAAGAGACUCCGGACGGCAAUUGGCUCCGCGGAUACCUGGUCGCACCGCCGAGCCUGCUAGCUGGUCUGACGAGCGUCAAGGGACAGACCCUUGAAGCCCGUGUCUUUAGUGGCAUCUUUCCCCGCAGCUGCGUCGAGAUCCGCGAAGUACUGGGAGACAGCGACGAGACCGACAACGGCAUCGACAGCGGGGAUGUUUCGCCGGCGCCUGGGCCAACAGCGACACAGGCGGGGCCGGGGGACUCGGUCACGAGCGGGAUACACGGCAUUAACGGCGAGGAAAAGAGGAGGAAAGACGGGGCGAAGACCACCUUGCCCAAUGGCACCCAUGGACUGCUGUCGGUGCCUGCGAAGCGCGACCCGAGUGCGCCGCGCCCGCCAGCGCCCGUGCCCAUGCUGAAGAUUGGCGACGAGACCCCAACUUCGACCUCGGAGCCUCUCAUUGACGAAAUCGCGUCCUGCCUGCGAGAAUGGCAUUCGACGAACCUCCACGAGCUGCUGCUGUCGCGCCAGUACGCCAAGCUGGAUACCCUGUCGAAACUCAUCACCUCGCUCAACCUCGCGCGCCAGCAGUUUUUACACGACGUGCUGACGGCCUGGGAGUACGAAAUACUCCGCGAGAAGACCGUCUGGGAUCUGGUCCGUGUCAACAAGCUCUGUGGGGGAGAGGUCAUUGUUCGCGAUCCGCACGAGCGCGGGCGGGUACUCACCGGGGACGACUCGGUGGUGGAGAUAACGAAACUGCAGUCCAUAAUGAGCCUGCUGGACGAGACACCGAAAAACACGGUCGAGCUGACUGCCUUUCACCACCUGCUGGUAGAUAUCAAGGGGUUUGCCGGCGCAUCCACCGAGGCCACCACCCUCGUUCUCUACCUAGCCACCAAAAGCCCCGGGGGAGCGCUGACACCUCUUACCGAGAGCUACAUAGUCGAGAUGCCCGCCGGUGGGCAAAUGGUCCAUUUGGCCAGAAACGUGGAAAUGCGCACUCUCUUCGCUGACUUGACCGCCAGCGACAUCGGCGACGUGGCCUCCGCUGAUGCGGAACUCUUGUUGGUUGUCAAGAUUCGUGCGUCGCAGCAGGUGGUGGCUACCAAGCCCAGCUCACGGUCUGAGUCCAUGGGACAGGCGCUGCCACAGUUCUCAAAAGAUCACUCGAAGCCGCCAUUGUCCGCCGGAGGCAAAUCGGUGCGUAGGAGCCUGAUGUGGGCCGGCAAGAGCACGCGGUCACCCUUUUCGAGGGGCAACGCCAGGCUGGACUCGCUCUCGGAGCAACCCGAAGAAGCAGCAUCACCGGUCACAGCAGGCGCCGAAAGCAGGGAUGGGCUUCCCCCGAGCACGGCCAACUCCAAGGCUGGGCGCGCCUCGGUGGACGGCCACGCUACUCAGACAGCCGAGAGAACGGUUGGCGUGGGCGUGCUGAAGCUGAACUCAGUCAUGAAGCAGGAUGACGAGGUUGAGCACAUAGUCAGCAUAUGGGCGCCGUCUGCGAAGAACUCGUUCGAGGCGCAAGAUGGCGAAGAAUGGGAUCCGGUAAUACGAGACAUCAUGGACACUAAAACGGGGUCUUAUGAGAAAUCGAGGAGAGCCGAGCGCUUGCAGGUCCACAUUCGGGCUUUCAAGAGCCCGGAUGCAGACGCCCUGAUUAAAGCGACCCCGACCGUGCUUUCCAACAUCUGCAAGACCAAGAAAAUGGGAUUCUCGGGCGCACCGACAAAGCCACGGUCCGACAUCUACCUGACAAUUGACGAGGCCGUCCUGAGCCGGCAAACCUUACUGUCCAAAUUUGGCGGAAGCCCAACGGCGCUUCCAAACAACCUCCACGGGAACAACCUCCAGCUCACGCUCGAGGUGCGCAGGCCGGAUGGCGAACGCGUUGAGAACUGCAUAUACCCCUCGUCCAACGCUGAGGCCAUCAGUACCUGGAAGACAGUGGUCACUGAACGUGGAGAGCCCUGGCGGCAGACCGUCAAGCUUGUCCUGACACCGCAGGACGUCCACCAGGGACACGUCGUCAUGCAUUUGGCAGAUGCUCCGAACCAGCCGUUUGCAGUCGCGUACAUGCCGCUGUGGGACCAACAGGCGUUCAUCCGCGAUGGCCAGCACGGCCUGCUACUGUAUCGGCUCGACGAGCACACGGCCACGCCCCACGCCGGACCGCAGGGCAAGGGUGGGUAUCUGAGUCUCCCCUUCUCUCCCAGAGCAAGAGACGAGCACCAAGCCGACGUGACGGGGCCGCUCGCCAUGUUACGCGUCGAGACGUACCUCUGCAGCACCAGAUUCUCUCAGGACCGCGUAGUUUUGGGCUUACUGGCCUGGAAGGAUUCGUCUCGAGAAGGCAUCCCAGUGCUUCUGAAACAGUUCAUUUUUGUCGCUGAAAUCGAAGUCGUCAAACUCCUGAACGAUGUCUUGGAUGCCCUGUUCGGGAUUCUCUGCGAAUACUCAGGAAACGACGACUACGAGGACCUUGUGUUCACUGCACUAGUGAGAGUUUUGGAUAUUGUUCACGACAGACGAUUCAACCUUGCUCCGCUGGUCGACCAGUAUGCCGAGACCAGAUUCAACUAUCCAUUUGCGACGCUGUGUCUGGUGAAGUCCUUCACCCGGCUUCUGUCAAAGCCCACAGAGCCGGAGACCGCGAGGAGGCUUCGCGCCACGUUCAAGGUUGCACGGCAUAUCCUCAAGUUUAUCACCCAUGGUCGGGGACAACAAAAGGAGAAGGAGGCUGGCAUUGGCAUUACAGGCUCAAACCCGGCCUUCACACGCCACCUGCGCGUUAUCUUUAAGGCGCUUGAUGCCAUGAUGCGCAGCAGCGCGCCGGUCCUGGUGGGCAGCCAGACCAUUGCUGUCCAGCACUUUCACACCUGGCUCCCGGAACUGGCUGGCCUUCUGACGACCGAGGAGAUCUUACAUAUCGCCAUUGACUUCAUGGAUUCCUGCUCUGCCGUCAAAGGCAAACUUGUCCUGUACAAACUGGUUCUGAUCAUCAAGUACGCCAAGCUCGAGAUCUUCUCACAGCCGGAGCAGCGGUCUGCCUUGAGCGCCAACACCGUCCGCUGGAUUGCGCCACACUGGGGCCACAUCGACGAGGUCACAGACCUCUGGAAAGACCAGGUCCGCCUCUGCUGCUCUGUCCUCGCCAGCCAGAUGGACCACCUCGGGCCGGAGAUUCCCGACUACAUCCCCAAGAUUAUCCAGUCUUAUCUCGCUAUCCAAGCCGUCCCCAAGCGUCCCAAAAACCGCCUCUCCCUUCUUUUUCCCACCACUUACCCCUUCCCCUCUCGCCCUAUCACAAAAGAGACUGCCUUUGACGAAGCCCUCACCGAGCUUUCGGCCGUCCUCUCGGCCGUGUCCAACUCCCCCAACGGCAUGCAACUCGAGCUCGCCGAGGACGACCUUCACGUGCUCGUCGAGAACUGCCUGCGCGUGCACAUGAGCAUCCUCCAGGGCGAGACGUUCCCGGACGAUUGGCUCAGCGUGCACAUCUUUCACCACAAGUCCACCAUGCGCACGCUGCAGUACCUCGCCGGUAUCCUUCUCGACUCGUUCCUGCCGCACCCGGACGAGGCCGAGAACUUUCCCACGGAACUAUGGAAGCUGUUCUUCACCACGCUGCUGAAGCUCGUCGGCAGCCCGUCGCUCGCGCUCGAGACGUUCCCCGAGCAGAAGCGCCGCGCCGUGUGGAAGAUUGCCGGAGACGUGCGGGAGCACGGGGCCGAGCUGCUCAGGCGGACCUGGGAGGCUAUCGGCUGGGAGACGACGGUCGAGGAGAGGGCGCGGUACGGCCUCCCCAAGAUGGGCGGGUACCAGGUACAGUACGUGCCGACGCUGGUGGCGCCAAUUGUCGAGCUCUGUUUGAGUGUACAUGAGGGGUUGAGGAGAAUGGCGGUCGAGGUUCUGCAGACCAUGAUCGUCAGCGAGUGGACGCUCAGUGAGGACCUGUCGGUCAUUCAGACCGAGAUGAUUGACUGUCUGGAUGUCUACUGCAAAACGAAGCCGUUGACGGAGAGCAUACUGCAGAAACUGUUUGUUGGUGAGCUGUUGGAUCGGUUUGAGCCACUGGCGGCGGUAAAGGACGAGCCGCUCUACAGCGCGCUGCGGGAGCUGACUGAUACAGUGGACGUGUUCUUGGAUCUGUUGGUUGCGGUCUACAGUGGGGAUGGGUCUGGCGAGGCCUCGCAUCUCAUUCACCGCUUGCGGUUGAUGGAAUUCCUGCGGGAUAUGCAAAAGGAGGAGAUCUUCAUCCGUUAUGUCCACCAGCUGGCGAACCUCCAGGCUGAGGCUCGCAACCACGCCGAGGCGGGCUUGGCCCUCCGACUGCAUGCCGACGUGUACGACUGGGACCCUUUACGAACGACGCCGGCUUUGCAAGACCCUGAGUUCCCUGCCCAGAGCCACUUUGAACGGAAAGAGCGCAUCUACUUCGACAUGAUCAAGCACUUUGAGGAUGGCGAGGCCUGGAGCAGCGCCCUGGCUGCGUAUAAGGAGCUGCAGGCGCAGUACGAGACGAACACGUUCGACUUUGCCAAGCUCGCUCGCACCGAGCGCGCCAUUGCCUCCAUCUACGAGACCAUCGCCAAGAGCGACAAGCUCGUGCCCAAGUACUUCAAGGUCGUCUUCAAGGGCCUCGGCUUCCCGACCAGCGUGCGCGACAAGGAGUUUGUCUUUGAGGGCUCCCCCGCCGAGCGCACCUCCAGCUUUACCGACCGCAUGCAGGAGAUGUACCCCGCGGCCAGGAUUGUCACCAGCGAGCACAUCGAUGACGUCGAAGGGCAGUUCCUGGUCAUCUCGUCGCUUAGCCCGCAUCGCGACCUGAGCCACCAUGUCUUCCAGCGCGCGAGGGUGCCGCAGGUGAUUCGGGAGUAUCUCGUCUCUGCGCACCCGCAGGCGUUCUCGACUAGUAUUAAGCGCAUCACCAUCGGCCCGCCGGUGGAGCACUACGUCGAGAAGGUGGUCUACACGACGGCCGAGCCGUUUCCGACGAUUCUGCGGCGCAGCGAGAUUGUCGGAGCGCACGAGGUGCGUUUGUCGGCCAAAGAGACGGCGCUCGAGCGCAUUGUGCGCAAGACGACGGAGAUGUCGGCGCUCGAGAAGAAGGUCGCCGAUGGCGAGGGCGGCGACGAGUCGGCGCAGCUGCUGGUGGAUGCCGUGAGCAUCAGCGUGAAUCCCAAAUCAGAGAACAGCGUGGUGGUGUAUCGAGAGCUGGUCCCUGGCAUGUCCAAGGCUGGAGAAAGGUUGCCGGCCAGCGAGCUAGAGGAUGAGGAGGCCGAGCCGCCGGAGCUGGAUCCGCAGGAGAAUGCUAUCAAGAUAGCGCUGCUGGACCAUGCUAUCAUGCUCAAGAGGUGUCUGGCGACGUUUGCGAAGAGCGGGAACGAGAUCCUCACACGGCAUCUCGAGGAUCUGCAGCGUUUCUUCGAGAUUACCUACGCCCCCGAAAUCGCUAUCUUCACCCCCGCCCAACCCAUCCGCGACACCAUCACGCCCUCUCCUACCUGGCCGCGCUCCGCUUCCUCGGCCGUCGGCAACGGCAUGCCAAACCAAGCCCGCGCCAAGACCCCCUCAAACGCCGGCGCCGCCCUUCCCAACAGCGUCACAACAGAACAAGCAACCAUCGUCCAGCCCGUCUCCCUCCGCCAAAGCCGCGGCCCGCGCCUCAGCUUUCUCGGCGGCCGCAAAAAGGACCCGCCGAAGCAAGACCAUCAGCACGCCGUUAACGGGGAUGCCAUUCACGAGGAGCCUGAAGCGCCCAUCUCUGCGACUAAGAGCAACACGUCGGCGUCCGCUUCUGCUCCUGCUUCUGCUAAGGAUGGGGGUGCUGCUGCUGGUGCUAAUUCUGCUAGUACCCAGAGAAGGAGUUUCUUCCGCGCCUUUCCGCAGGUCACGACCACCACCAACAACAACAUAGCUGCUCCGGAAGCCGGGUCGGCUUCAUCUUCUGGCCGGGCGGUGGUGGAUCGGGUUCAUUUUGCUAAUGGGACCGGCGGUCCGUAUGCUCACCACGUCCAUGCAUCACCGAGUGUGGCGGGGACCGAUGGCGGGUGGGUUACCAGCACCACUGACGUGAGUGGCAGUGGCGGGUCAGAGGUGUUUGUUUCUUCGAGUCCUGGCGGUGGUGUUGCGGGGGAGAAGGGAGGAGUGUAUGAGACGCAUGUUCUUCUGCCGGGACAUGGACAUGGGCAGGCGCCGCCGGUGCAGAUGCAUCAGGGCGUGGGCCAAGGGGGGGUCGGCAACAGUGUCAGGAAGAGGUUGAGUCUUUUGCGGUUGGGCAAGAAGAGUAGUCGGGAGAGGAGUGUGGGUACGGGUGGGUUGGGGGGCGUUGAUGAGGAGUGAGUGGGUGCGUGGGUGCGUGGGUUGCUCCAUGCCGCACUUUCCAAUCUCGGCUGGUCGGUUUGCGCCGGCUAGGUUGAGGGUUC